AUGCGUAUCGCUACUGUGCUCGCAGUGGUGUCUGCCUACGGCGCGUACGUCGACGCCCUGAACCAAGAAGGUGCCGACCAUCCGAUGCUGCGCGACCUUAGCACGACGAACAACGAGAACCUUUCGGAGGUAGCUCCACUGUCCUUCCUCUCUGCGUACGCCUACAACCCCGACCCGUACGCCACGUGCUCGUGGGGUCCGGACGUGUGUGAGUUCAACGCGGCGAAAAACGACCUGAAGCUAGGUUCCACCUGCUCCCCGGACGUGCCGGUUCCGUCGGAUAACUACGUCGGUGACAAGCGAGUGAACAAGUAUGACACCGGCCUGGUUUCGACCGACUACCCGUACAUCGAGAUCACUUCAACCGGCCCGAACCCGGGCUUGGGCGGAUCAACGGAUAAGUCGACCGGACAUCUUGCAUGGGCUGGAUACAUGAAGGAGCCGACGAAAUCGCAGAACAACAUCAACUUCCCUGCCGUUGGUGUCUAUGACUUGUCUAUCGCUGCGUACGACUACGAUCGCAUGGCUACGUGCGACGGGUGCGUCGCCGUUCGAGAUACGUUCCGACCCCGAUUCAAGGACGGCACGUGUCCUUCUUCACCGGGUAACACGCUUCCACUGAAGCAGUCCUCGAUCUCCAAACUCGCCAAGUACGAGUCGGAUUACGGGACCUACACCGCUACUGGCAACCGACUUAACAACCCUGAAAGUGAUGCUGCAUGCAACGUCCAAUCCUCGACGCAACAGAUCUUCUACGACGAUAUGCCGACUGCAUAUUCAGGCACAUGCUUCUCUUCCGAUGGUGUUAAAUGUAACAUUGACAAGUUGAAGAACAAUCCCUUCAACACCGUCGAGAACGUCAAACGACCGAAUCUGGAACUCGAGAAGAGCCUCAAUGACAAGUGCGUGUGGAGCUGCUCCAAGUCGAUUGCGCUCAAGGAGAAGUAUACAGCGUAUACUUGCCCACCAGACGCUUCCCAGCCUCCAACUACCUGUGAAGGUCUCUCGAGCAGCACAUGCAGCAUGGACGUGAGCAUCAAGGCAACCGGAAAGGACAUUGCCGAAGCGACCAUCAAACUGAAAGAUUCAGUGCAGGAGGCUUCGAAAAAGAUCAUCAAAGAGUUGGAGAAACCCGACAACACCGACGUCGCCAACACGAUCCACUACAGUCUCCCGUGCACGUCUUAUGACGAGACCGGUACCAACGACAGGUGCCACUACAACGUCAAGCUCUCGGAUGUGCUCGACAUCGGACCGAAGGCUGGUGGCGGCCCGAAGUUUGUGACUGAUCUCGCACUCAACUCGGAGAAGCCAUCCGACUACGUGUUCUGGCGAGUCAAAGUCGGAAGUAAAGAUUGGGCCACCUGGGACCCCAAGAAUGACGCUGAGUAUUCGUUCAAGGCGUCGAGUACGACGGUUAAUGUGGAAGCGUGGACAGCUUGUGGUCAGAUUUCCUCGAUCGAGAUCGUCGUCAAGCUGUACCUGCACCGUACGUUGACGUGCGAUAAGUUUGUGGAAAUGUGGACUCCUCUGGUCACCAAAGUAUACGGUGAGGAUACUUACUGCAACGUGCCGGACAGCGACUUCAGUCUCUUCAACCUCAACUACGACUACGACGUGGUCAUCCCGCCUGUGACCGGCCAAGACUUGUUGAAGGGAACGUACAAGCACGUCAAGUGUGACAUUCGAGUGCGUGAAAGCACAGCGGCUGAAGGCUCCACGAGUUCUGCUGCGCUCGUGCCACAGACGACUGAGAACAAAAUCAACAAGAACUUCGCUGUUGAGCUUGUGCACGACCCCCACACUGCUCCCAAGUCAGUGUUCCGCGUUGAGUGUACGUUUUCUCGCGAUUCCUACAUUAAUGGCAAUGGCAACAAUGGUAACAACGGCAACAACGGCAACAACGGCAACAACGGCAACAAUGGUAACAACGGCAACAAUGGUAACAACGGCAACAAUGGUAACAACGGCAACGAUGGUAACAAUGGUAACAAUGGCAACAACGGUAACAACGGUAACAACGGCAACAACGGCAACAACGGCAACAACGGCAACAACGGUAAUAAUGGCAACAAUGGCAACAAUGGCAACAAUGGCAACAAUGGCAACAACGGUAACAAUGGCAACAAUGGCAACAACGGUAACAAUGGCUACGAACCGGCCGUCUACGCCGAGAAUUUCAUCACGUGCUUCCACAGCUUCACCAUUACCGACUGUGACAAGCCACGCAUCGAGCCUGGCGUUGAAGAGGAGGAUGUUUGCGCGUACGACUGCGCGGACAAGGCGCAACCUGGUGCGUACGAGGCAUGCGGAGGAACUGUCGUUUCAUCCAAGGGGGAUCAGACAAUCGUGAAGAAGUCCGCGGAAGAAACGUGCUGCGCCGAUUGUGACCCUGACCUCAACUGUGUUGCCUUUGGAUCAACGGAUGUCAAGCGCUGUGAAGUCCCGUCCGCUUAUCCGUACUACUCGAGACUGGAGGCUGCCGAGCAAGCCGUGUUUGCCGGUGGAAAGACGACGGUGACGAUGGCGCUACUCGGAGCAAGUGCCAUGGUUGCUGUCGUGGCUCUUGUUGUCGUGAAGCGCCGUGCUUCUCGACCCCAAGAGGCCGACGAUGCUUACUACCCGCUGCUCGAGUAAGAAGACGUCUAGUUAAGCAGAAACUGCUCACGAGAGCGCUGCUUCGGCUGUUUUACUUUGGGUCAUUAUGACAUGGCGCUCCAUAAGCUCAGAACUGUCCGUUUUGGUUUUAGUUGGAUAGGAGUGAUCAAAGCAUAAUGACAAAUACAUGUAACUUGCAU